AUGGAAGAGACUCAUGGGGUAGCAUCCAUGCCCCGUCUGAGUGACCAACGUGCCAGCAUUUCCAUGUGUCCCCCAGCCCGGAAACUCUCAACUAUGUCAAAGAGUCGCUUUGGACACGGGAAGAAAACCCUUGAUACAUUUUUCUGGAUAAACGAGGUAACUGGAGAAAUCACCUACCCCCAGAAGACAGACGCACGCUUAACGUCGUCAGCUCCUCUCCAGAAGCCGGAAGAGGGACCCAGAUCUCAGCGCGGGGCCCUGCAGGGUGCUCCUCCCAGCACCCAGGACGCGGCCAGCACGCUUGCGCAGAACGUCUCCCCUCCACCCGCUCCUAAAGCUGCCCUGAAAGGCGUUGGCUCCCGAAACUCCUUCCCAGCUCCGCCGCCCUAUCUCCCGGCCAAAGAUGGAGCCCCGAGCCCUUUGCCGUUCUCUGCAGUUCCUGUCACCAUCUCACCGCCAGGAGGCGCUCUGCCACCAUUCAGCCCCCUUGGGCCAGCCCUUCUGCCUCAGGCCUCUGCCUUCCCUCCCAGCCCUUCUGCCCCCUGGGGCUUCACCUGCAAGCUGAAAAACAUCCUUUCUGGAAAUAACCGAUUUUCCUUUUGA